GAAGCAUGUCAACCGACGACCGCUCACCCAAUCUGACAUAUCCAUAUUACAGCGGGUAUACCACCAAAACCAAUGAGACAAUCGACCCAACGCACAACCCAGAACCGCAUAGUGGAACCUGUCUUUACACGCUCUGCGAGUCACACAACAUUUUACUAGUGGUUAUACUUUGCGAUCCUACCGUAAUCUCUUGCGCGCGUGAGCGUUGCAGUGCAGUACAGUGCUCACUUGCUACUUCGUACCCGGCUGUAACAUAAACGCAUAUAAUCUAGGACUUCACAUGGCACGGUCGGAAUAUCUCCUACGCGUCACACGAUCGCAAAUCCCGCCCGCCAUGAUCCUCCCGCUCCUCUUCUUUGCAUCCAUACUAUCAGCAUCCGCCGUCACCGUGGCGGCAUCCCUCACACCACCGGUCCCCAUCCGGGAGUGCUUCACACAAAGUAACAAAACUGUGGUCUCGCUCAUCUCUCCUUUCGCCACCCUCAUCGAGUCCGAACCCCCGCACAACGUUCCGCCCUUCCACGACAACCAGUUCGGAACACACCUGCGCCGAACCAUCUCGGGUGUCUGUCUGGAGCUCCUGACCCUAAACAACGACGUCUUCUUCCCGAUUGCCGUGGACGGCGCCGGCCUUGCGCACACAGCGAUGGGCAUUGCGGAGAAGUGUGGUGGACUGGGAUGGGGGUACUAUACCGAUCGCAGGACUGGAAAUACGUUCCAUGGGGAGCUAUACGCUGUGUUGCAGGAGUGCUCAGAGUGGUAUCCCAGGUCGGGCGGCACGAGAGUGAUUUGUCCGACAGAUACGACAGGGGAGGAGAAACAUGAUCCGAAACUGCCUUGUCCGGGGGAGGAGGAGUGAUGGAUGGGGACACGGCGUUGGAUAGCGUAUAACGCGGCUGUGCC